AUGGUCUCCUUCAGGAAACUUGGCCUUUUGCCCCUUGUUGUCACGCCGGUCAUCGGUUCGCCGAUGCAGUUAGAACGGCGAAACUCGACAGACAAGGCCCCGAGGAACAAAGUCAUUAUCGACAAUGACUAUCUUGCCGGCCAGUGGGAUCCAUAUUUGCUCGCAUUGAAUGCUGGGUGGGAAGUGCUGGGACUGACGACAUGCACGGGAAAUACCUGGAUGCCGCAACAAGCCAAGCAUGCGCUGGCGAUGCUCGAGUACGGAAAUCUCAGCUGCAUUCCGGUAUACACCGGGGCGCUGUACCCGCUGGUCAGCACGUAUGAGCGGUUCCACUCCUGGGAGGCAGUUCACGGUGACCUUCCCUGGCAAGGAGCGUUCGCACCCUACAACGCGACCCUCGAGGCGGAGGGGUGGGAUCCGUCGGGGGGAUCCGACCCGUAUCGCAUCGUCCAAGCCGCCUUCACCGAGGGGUUUCCCACCGCGGCCGCGCAGUCGUCGCCAGGCGCCGUGCAGUUCAUGAUCGAUCAGGUGCACAAGUAUCCGGGACAGGUUUCGAUCUUUGCCGCGGGGCCCAUGACCAACGUCGCGCUGGCGAUUCGCACCGACCCCGAGUUCGCUUCACUGGCCAAGGAACUGGUCAUUGAGGGCGGCAAAAUCGACGUGAAUCUGUUCCAAUUCAAUUUGCUCUUCGACCCUGAAGCGGCCAAGAUCGUGUUGAAUGCAAACUUCCCGCGGAUCCUCGUCUCGGGCAACGUGGCCAACUCAGUCUUUGCCACCGACGAAUGGAUCGACGAGGUCGCGGCAGACGGCACUGCUGCCGUGAGCAUGGUGGAUCCUUCAAUUGUGCUCAACUCGACUACUUUCUUCAUCGACGUCGAUGUAGCAUACGCAAGUCCCAACUACGGGAAUGUCCACGCGUACCAAAAGGCGCUCGCGCCUCCGAAUCUUCGCAACAUCACUUACGUGUUGCAGAUCAAUGAGACCAGAUUCAAGAACACGUUGAAGAGCAUUUACCAGAAGCCAAUAACCUGCGCCGACCUCUCGUGA